AUGACAGUGCCGACAUUUUCGGGCGAAUACACAACGGUACGACAGGCCACAUUUGGUAGCAAGAUCGUUCAUCACAGUUUUAUGAAACUGCCAACCACAACAACAACGAAUCCUAAAAUUUUACGAAAAAUUAUUGACGGUGCAGACGAAUGCUUGCGAGGGUUAUCUGCCAUAAACAUCAAGGAACGUGACCCUUGGUUGAUAUUUAUUCUGCUUAACAAAUUGGAUGCAGAAACGCGUCACAAUUGGUUUGAGCAUGUUGGAUCUCGAACCAGUAUUACAAUUGAAGAAUUUUUGAAGUUUCUUGGCGCUCGUUUUAUUCAUUUGGAAUCAAAUGAGUUACACACGACAGGCGUAACAGUGCGUAAUACAUCGGUACGUUCGCAUGUUACAGCAGCAACAUCUGGUUCAUCGUGCGCAUUUUGUAAUGGGCAGCAUAACAUCGCAAAGUGCACAGACUUCAUGGCAGCAUCUAUAUCAGAUCGUAGAAAACAAGUAAGAUCGAAGUCUAUUUGUUUCAACUGCCUCAAAGCAGGUCAUCGAGUUAAGGAUUGCAAAUCAAACUUCAGCUGCCGCACAUGCCAUGCGAAAUAUCAUACACUGCUCCAUGAGUCUACAGAUAAGGAAUCGAAAUCUGAUUUAUGUAAAAAUACAUAUCAUACAAAUGGUAAUGACAUAUCGUUGCAGAGCACUCCAGAUGAUGCACUCGCAAGUCAUUAUGGUUUGCAGGGCAUGCACAGCAUGCAGGUCGUACUUCCUACAGCAAAGGUUUUGGUGAGAGAUGCUUCUGAGCACAUUCAUAAACUUCGUGCCUUGAUUGACACUGGUUCGCAAGUAUCAUUUAUAUCGGAAACCUGUGUUCAGCGCAUUGGUGUAUCACGAUCAGAGGCGAGACUUAACAUUAAAGGUAUUUCAUCUUCAGAGGCAGGUACGACAAAGGGCUGCGUGAAUUUGGCCAUCAGCUCUCAACUCGACAAUUCCAACGUUUCGGUUUGUGCGUACAUACUCCAACGUAUUACGGCAGACAUUCCAAAGCAUAGCAUUAGCAACAUACCGUGGAAGAAAAUCUCGUCGCUUAAGCUAGCAGACUCAAAUUUCAAUCAAAGUGCACCAAUCGAUUUUCUACUUGGCGCAGAUAUUGCUUGGAAUAUCAUCACCGAUGGCAAAAUUCAAAUCGAAAAGCCAAACUUGUUUGCAAUCAAUUCCAUUUUUGGAUGGAUACUUUCUGGUCAAGUAGACAUAGUGACCAGAGAAGACGCAAUUUCAUCAUAUACUGCCACGAUUAACGUAGACAAGCUACUUACAAGAUUUUGGGAGUUGGAUGAAUGCAAGCCAGUUAGUAAACAAUCGGAUCAUGACGAUCCCGCUGAAAUUCAUUUUCGAGAAACACAUACACGCUCUACUGACGGCAAAUAUGUUGUAGAGCUGCCGUUUAAAGGGAAAGAUCUAACUUUCACGAACACUUUACAAGGAGCUGUUCAGAGGUUGAAUAGCAUGGAGCGACGUUUUCACCACAACAAGCAGUUAAAACAAGAGUAUGCAAAAUUUAUGAAUGAAUACAUGACUUUGGGUCAUAUGCAGCAAAUACCCUUAGAAGACAUUGACAAAUCACCUCACUACUACCUUCCGCACCAUGCCAUUUUGAAACCCGAGAGCUCGACGACGAAAUUGCGCGUGGUGUUCGAUGGGUCACAUCAAGAUGCUGUUGGUAAAUCACUCAACGGCCAACUCUUGGUUGGUCCACCAAUACAGCGGGACUUGUUUGGUGUUUCGCUACGGUUUCGUCAAUUCAAAUACGUGUUCGUCGCCGACAUUACAAAGAUGUUCAGGCAAAUUUGGGUAUCGCCUUUUCACCAGGAUUACCAACGUAUUGUGUGGAGAGAGUCACCGGAUGAGCCCAUCAAGCACUACUGGUUAUCUACAGUCACAUACGGAACGGCGUCAGCGCCUUUUCUUUCUGUUCGUGUUUUACAACAACUCGCAAUGGACAACAUCAACAACUUUCCUCAUGCAGCUAACAUAAUCUGUAAUAACAUCUAUGUGGAUGAUGUCAUGGCUUGCGGAGAUUCCAUAGAUGCUGUUAUUAAUCUCAAAACGGAAUUAGUUAAUUUGCUUGAGUCUGGAGGCUUUCAUCUUCGUAAAUGGAGCUCCAACUCCACGGCAGUUCUGCAGACGGUGCCUGCUGAAGACUGUGAGGCCUUUUCGAAACACAAAAAUGGCGGUUCAGACUACAUCAAAAUACUGGGUCUUUAUUGGAAUCCCAAGCCAGAUAAGUAUUCGUUUCAUGUUGGAACACCCACUCUGAGGCAUAGUCGCGAGAUUCACGCUAUUCAUUUGGAGCACAAAGAACUACAAAAAGCACGCUAUGCAUUAUUUCGUGCUAUUCAGCAGGAAUCUUUUGAAGAUACGUUUCGACGAUUGAAAACCAAUUCCCAUAAGAGGGACAAACUUAUGCAAUUAUCACCAUUUAUCGAUCCAGAGGGUGUUCUUCGUGUGGGCGGCCGUAUUGAGCGCGCUACAUUAUCUUACAAUAUAAAACACCCUAUCAUUCUUCCGAAACAUCAUGUUAGCAGACUGAUCGUCGAAGAUCUACCCAAAAUGUAUCUGCAUGUGGGGGUUAACGAGCUGUUUGUUAUCGUUCGACAGCGCUAUUGGAUAAUUGGCGCCAGAAAUAUAAUCCGGUCCGUGGUAUAUCAGUGCAAGCAAUGCUUCAUACUACGGAAGCAAACUUCUGCGCAGCGGAUGGCAGAUUUGCCAGCAGUGCGUCUGGAGCCAGCUAGAGCAUUUCUAAACUCAGGAUGUGAUUUCGCAGGACCGAUUAACAUCAAAAUGACCAACU